GAAGAGUCGGUCGCCACCUUCAAGGGCAACGAGUUCUUCUGCUACGACCUGUCCCUGACGCCCAUCCAGAGCAGCACGGACGAGAUCACGCUCUCCUUCCGCACGCUGCAACGCAACGGCCUCAUGCUGCACACCGGAAAGUCGGCGGACUACGUCAACCUCUCCCUGAAGAGCGGCGCCGUCUGGCUGGUCAUCAACCUGGGCUCGGGGGCGUUCGAGGCCCUCGUGGAGCCCGUCAACGGCAAGUUCAACGACAACGCCUGGCACGAUGUGCGCGUCACCCGCAACCUGCGCCAGCACGCAGGCAUUGGACACGCUAUGGUGACCAUCUCAGUGGAUGGUAUCUUGACCACCACUGGUUACACCCAGGAGGAUUACACCAUGUUGGGCUCCGAUGACUUCUUCUACAUCGGAGGGAGCCCCAAUACAGCCGACCUACCCGGAUCACCAGUCAGCAACAACUUCAUGGGCUGCCUCAAAGACGUGGUGUACAAGAACAACGACUUCAAGCUUGAGCUGUCCCGUCUGGCCAUUGAGCGCGACCCAAAGAUAACCCUCAACGGCGACUUGGUGUUCCGCUGCGAGGACGUCGCAGCCCUGGACCCGGUCACCUUCGAGACCCCCGAGUCCUUCAUCUCCCUGCCCAAGUGGAACACCAAGAAGACGGGAUCCAUCUCGUUCGACUUCCGCACCACAGAGCCCAGCGGCCUCCUGCUGUUCAGCCACGGGCGCCCUCAGGGACCCAAGGAGCAGAAGCCCGGCAGGGAGCUGAAGACUGAUUACUUUGCCAUGGAGCUGCUGGACGGGUAUUUGUACCUGCUGAUUGAUAUGGGCUCUGGGAAAACAAAGCUGAAGGCCAGCAACAAGAAGGUCAAUGAUGGGGAAUGGUGCCAUGUGGAUUUCCAGAGAGAGGGGAGGAAAGGCUCCAUCUCUGUGAACAGUCGCAGCAUGCCCUUCAGCUCCCCAGAGGGCAGUGAAAUCCUGGAUCUGGACAGCGUCAUGUACCUGGGCGGGCUGCCCGAGUCCAAGUCUGACCUCAUCCUGCCGCCUGAAGUGUGGACAGCGCUGCUGAACUACGGCUACGUGGGCUGCGUACGAGACCUCUUCAUCGAUGGCAAGAGCCGCGACGUCCGCCGCCUGGCUGAAAUCCAGAGCGCUUUCGGCGUCAGCAGUUUCUGCACACGCGAACUACAAAAGCGGUGCAGCAGCGCCCCCUGUGGCAACGCAGGUCUGUGCAAAGAGGGCUGGAACCGCUACAUAUGUGACUGCACCGGCACUGGAUUCCUGGGUACCAACUGUGAGAUAGAGGCGACGGUGCUGAGUUACGACGGCAGCAUGUACCUCAAGAUCAUCAUGCCGGUCACCAUGCACACUGAGGCGGAGGACGUGGCGCUGCGCUUCAUGUCUCAGCGGGCGUACGGCCUGCUCAUGGCCACCACCUCCAAGGAGUCAGCGGACACCCUGCGGCUGGAGCUGGACGGAGGCCGCAUCAAGCUCACUGUGAACCUGGAUUGUAUCAGGAUAGACUGUAGCCUCAGCAAAGGACCUGAGACACUGUUCGCGGGGCAGAAGCUGAACGACAACGAGUGGCACACUGUGAAGGUGGUGCGAAGAGGCAAGAGCUUGCAGCUGUCUGUGGAUAAUGUCACAGUGGAAGGCCAGAUGACUGGUGCCCACACUCGUCUAGAGUUCCACAACAUCGAGACCGGCAUCAUGACAGAGCGACGCUUCAUCUCCGUGGUGCCCUCGAACUUCAUCGGCCAUCUCCAGGGCCUGACCUUCAACGGGCUGCCUUAUCUAGACCAGUGCAAGAAUGGAGACAUCUCCUACUGUGAACUGAACGCCCGUUUUGGCAUGCGCCACAUCAUCGCAGAUCCGGUGACGUUUCGAACGAAAGGCAGCUACUUAGCUUUAGCAACGUUACAAGCUUACGCCUCCAUGCACCUCUUCUUUCAGUUCAAAACCACCACGCCCGACGGACUGAUGCUCUUCAACUCUGGAGACGGGAGCGACUUUAUUGUCGUGGAGCUCGUCAAAGGCUACGUCCACUACGUCUUUGAUCUCGGAAACGGGCCGUCGCUGAUGAAGGGCAACUCAGACAAGCCGCUCAAUGACAACCAGUGGCACAACGUGGUGGUGUCCCGGGACGCCAACAACGUACACACCCUCAAGAUCGACUCACGCACCGUGACGCAGCACUCCAAUGGAGCCCGCAACCUGGACCUCAAAGGAGAGCUGUACAUCGGUGGCGUGAUCAAGAACAUGUACAGUAAUCUGCCCAAGCUGAUUGCGUCCCGGGACGGGUACCAGGGCUGCCUGGCAUCCGUGGACCUGAAUGGGAGACUCCCCGACCUGAUGGCGGAUGCCCUCCACAGGGUGGGCCAGGUGGAACGAGGCUGCGACGGACCGAGUACCACCUGUACGGAGGAGUCCUGCUACCAUCAGGGGGUGUGUCUCCAGCAGUGGGAGGGCUUCACCUGCGACUGCACCAUGACGUCCUAUGGAGGAUCAUUCUGCAAUGACCCUGGGACAACGUACAUCUUCGGAAGAGGCGGAGCCCUCAUCACAUAUACCUGGCCACCCAAUGACCGGCCGAGCACACGGGCAGACCGGCUGGCAGUGGGCUUCAGCACGCAGCUGAAGGAGGCAGUUCUGGUCAGGGUAGAGAGCGCCAAAGGACUGGGAGACUACCUGGAGCUGCACAUAGAACGGGGAAAGAUCGGCGUGAUCUUCAACGUGGGAACGGACGACAUCAUCAUCGAGGAGAGCGCGGUGAUGGUGAGCGACGGCAAGUACCAUGUGGUGCGAUUCACACGCAGUGGUGGGAACGCCACUCUACAGGUGGACAACCAGCCAGUCAUCGAACGCUUCCCAUCAGGUCGUCAACUGACUAUCUUCAACAGCCAGGCGUUCAUCAAAAUUGGUGGUGGAGAGAAGGGGCGCCACUUCCAGGGCCAGAUCUCAGGCCUGUACUAUAAUGGCCUGCAGGUACUGAAACUGGCAGCCGAAGGCGACCCCAAUGUCCAGACCCAGGGUAACCUGCGGCUGGUUGGUGAUGUACCCUCGGUGCUCACUACUGACACCACAUCCACCACACCACUGGCUGAUAUGUCCACCACAAUCAUGGAGACAACUACAACUAUGGCUACAACCACCACCCGCAAACAGCGCUCACCAACUAUGAGAGACAGUGUCACACAGAAUGCGGAUGACCUCUUGGUAGCAUCAGCUGAAUGUCCUAGUGAUGACGAAGAUUUGGAGGAGUGUGAGCCUGGAAAUGGAGGUGAAUUAGUGUUGCCCAUUAUUACCGUGGACUCCCUAGACCCCCCAUCCAUCGCUACCCACUACCCAGUAAUCCCCCCACCCCCUACCACCUACCGCCCUUUCCUCACCCUGCUCGAAACCACCAAAGAGCCCCUCCCAUUGCCCAACGGCCGGCCCCCCUGCCCCUUGGACCAGGAGGACUGCGAGGAGACCAUCGAGGUGUCGGCCUACGGCUCGGGGGAGAUGACCGAGUCUGAUGACGAGGACUAUUACAAAAACUCCCCCUUGGUCACCGACAGGACUGUCCUCCCUCCUCCCCCAGCUGUUGAGGGUGGCGUCCAGAACCCUCGAGACCGCCAUUUCUCCCGCAUCCCCAACUCCCACCGCCCUCCUUUAUCCUCUACCCCCACAGCCAAUCCAGACCAACUCGGCCCACGAAUCAAGCCACCCGCCGGCGGUAGCAGCAGUAGCAACAAUAUCCCCGCCGGGAAAAUGAACACCCGGGACCAGGUGCUGCUGCCGCCAGCACACCCCUCGUCCGAUCCAGGCCACCGCAGAAUCCCCGGAAUAACAUACCCUCCAAAUUUCCCCCAUGUUCCCACUCCAGACCCCACGUCUCCAGAGAGAGGACUCCCAGGUGCCGUGGAGGUGCAGCAGUCCAGCAGCACUACAGGAAUGGUCGUUGGCAUCGUGGCGGCAGCCGCCCUCUGCAUCCUCAUCCUGCUCUACGCCAUGUACAAGUACCGCAACCGCGACGAGGGCUCCUACCAAGUGGACCAGAGCCGCAACUACAUUAGCAACUCGGCCACACAGAGCAACGGAGCCCUGGUGAAAGAGAAACAGCCCACCACUGCCAAGACGGUCACCAAGAACAAGAAGAACAAAGACAAAGAGUACUACGUCUGAGAGAGCGCCGCCGUGACACCACAGAGACAGACAACAGACGCACUAAGAGAAGGAAAGAGGAGAGAGAGAAUGAGAGAGAGAGGGAAAAUAGAGGGCAAUUCAUUUAAAAAUCAGUAUUGUCAGGCGGCCAUACCUUGUUUCCACUUCCUGGCUUAUCAGAGUGAGGCAGGAAAAUGAGCAACAGAUUGGUUCCAUACACACCUUUUAGCAUCGCUGUGAUUGAUUUGGCUUCUCAUUAAAAGGUAAAUGUGGUGUGGAUAUAAAGAAAGGCUAUUACACCUCAGAUCUCAACACAUACUGUGCCAACAACUGUGUACCUGAUAAAACAGUGAUUUAUGGAUCAGUUAUUUAAUAUCUUGAGUACUGUAAGAAAGCACCAUCAUCAGUAUUUGUGUCAAGGUCGGUACAUCACGCUGAGGUGAGCUUGUGGUGAAGACCAUCAACAAACAGAGUAUCAACUUUUUAUUUCAAUUAGCAACUUGACAUCCCUCCGUUUAAAAUCAAUAAUACUGCCAGCUUACAGAAACACUCUCUCACCUCUCGUCAAAUCUCUCUCUCUCUUCCUCUCAUUGGCCCGCGCACUCUGUUUCUCUCUUUGUCUACGGUGCUCAGCAGCCGGUGCAACGUAAACUCUGCCGUGUUUCAAGCAUGUAGUAUUAAUUUACGAAAAAGAGAAAUUUUCUUUCUGUGGAGUUUAAGAAACUUAAAAAAUAUGACGAUGAUUGAUCAUAACAACCGUUAAACGUAGCAACUAUGUGAGAUACCACCGCUCCGACCUAAUGGAUGCUAACUUUGUACGUUUAGCCGCCAAAAACUUAUUGAGGCCAAACACCCCUUGGUCGUCCUUUUGUUCCAGCAGAUCUGUGUCAUGUGUUUCUGGGGCUCCAAGGCACCCCCUAGUGGGCCAGCAGAGAAACUGCGUCACGUCCUUACAGUUACUAAUAACCGAAAAACAGAAAAAAACCUCCAGCAAACCAGAUGAACUCUGUUCUAUAAAAUUAUAAAUAUAUGUAUAGACGUUGCAGAAACCUAUGGACCUGAGACGUGAGGAAAAAUGAAAGUACGCUGGUACUGCACAGCGAGGACGGACUUUAGGAUUUUCAACGUCGGAACAGUUUCACCACCCCAGAUCCCCAGACCCCCACCCCUCUCAUGAACAGUGUGGCUGAUGCAAUGCCUUGCUGCAAGACUCGGCCACUUUGGUUUGCUCUUUUUUUUUUUUCCUUUUUUUUUCUCUGGAGAAAUGAGAGACAUUUUAAGGAAAUUGAUUCUUGCUGGAGUUCCACUGUGGAGAGAGAUACCUUGAAGCUGAACAAGCGGCUGUGUCUUUCGCCCUCUCUCUCUAGCCUGACUGGACUGAUGGCAGCCAAUGGGCAAAAAGCAAACUUUGUGGGAAGAGCACACACAUUUCAAAAGGUGAACGCCAGUUCCCUGGAAGAUGUACAACAGAACUCUAGUAUUCCAAUUUUCUCAACUCUAUUAAAAAAAGAAAACUGUAUCAUGAAAAGAAAAGAAAAUCCUGAAAAAAGUUUGUGAAAUGUCUAAAUAUUUGACUCUCAUCCCAUUACUAAGAGAAAUGUGUUUUCCCUACUAUCAUUCCUGUUUGGAGAAAAAAUGACCAUAUGAUUCUGGGAAAUUGAAAUUUCUAUGUAUUUUCUUUUGGUAAUCGAGCAAAUGUGAUUUGGGUUAUGAACAUGGAAUCACCCUUAUUCUUUUCCAGUGGGGAAGGGGUUCCUCUCCUUUUAAUCCAUUCUCCAUCUGUCAUCCUUAAUUCGUUUUUUGUCCUGCAUCUAUUCCUUUUUCUCUGUAUGGCAGAUCGUAUGUCACAUACCCUGUGGAGAAAGCAGAUUCUCCAUGGGUUUUUUUUUUUUUAAUUUGUUUUGUAUCUCUUCUUGUCUGGAGACAAGAUGGCCACCCUUUCAUUUAACAGGCUCCAUCCAUUGACCCUUCUGCCACGUUUGUCUGGUUUCUCUCUUUCUCCAUUCCAAACAUACUCCUCCCAGUAUCUUCCUGUUCUUUCUAAAUGUUAUUGUAAAGUGUUCCAGUGAGAUGACUCUAAAUAUGUGUACAUUAACAGAGGGAAUACACUUGGUUAUAUACUUCUUA